GGCAGGCGGGAGGGGCCGGACGAGGUCGCGGAGCUGCGCUGCGCAGCGUGGCGCAGCGGGAGGCCUCGCGGCCGGCUACCGGAGACCCGUGCGGGGCGGAGAAGCGCGCCUCUCAGCCCCCUCUCCGCGCCCCUGCGUUCCCCGUCGGCCGCCCGGAGAGGACCGGAGGAGGCAGGAUGAGAUGCUGCCAGGUGUGUGGGACGGGCUGGACCGCACGGCGGAACUGAGUUCCGGCCCCCGCUCCGCAGCUCCAGUCUUGACCGCCCCGACGCCCUUGGGAGAGCCUCUCGCGCGCAGUGACGGGCAGCGUGCUGUACCCAGCCCUUCGUGGUUUUCCUGAAAGGGGCCUCUUCACAUCUCUCAUGCCUCCCCUUGCUUAUUAAGCUGUUUGAGAAACCUUUUGCCGGUGGCUUUCUAGAAGAUGACCAUAGAGGACCUUCCGGAUUUUCCAUUAGAAGGAAGUUCUUUGAUUGGAAGAUACCCAUUUUUAUUUCAAGGUUCUGAUACACCAGUUAUCUUUUCCAUUUCUGCAGCACCAAUGCCUUCAGACUGUGAGUUUUCUUUCUUUGAUCCUAAUGAUACGUCAUGCCAGGAAAUUCUCUUCGAUCCCAAAACUUCUGUAUCAGAAUUAUUUGCCAUUUUAAGACAGUGGGUUCCUCAGGUCCAACAAAAUAUUGAUGUUAUUGGAAAUGAGAUUCUUAAGAGAGGUUGCAACGUGAAUGACAGAGAUGGAUUGACAGAUAUGACUCUUUUACAUUAUACUUGCAAAUCUGGAGCUCAUGGUAUUGGUGAUGUUGAUACAGCUGUAAAAUUUGCAACUCAACUUAUUGAUCUGGGAGCAGAUGUUAGUUUGCGGAGUCGCUGGACAAAUAUGAAUGCUUUGCAUUAUGCUGCUUAUUUUGAUGUCCCUGAACUUAUAAGAGUGAUUUUGAAGACAUCUAAACCAAAAGAUGUGGAUGCCACUUGCAGUGACUUUAAUUUUGGAACAGCUCUGCAUAUUGCUGCAUAUAACUUGUGUGCAGGUACUGUGAAAUGCUUAUUGGAGCAUGGAGCAAAUCCUGCAUUUAGGAAUGACAAAGGACAGAUCCCUGCUGACGUUGUCCCAGACCCGGUCGAAAUGCCCUUAGAAAUGGCCGAUGCCGCGGCAACUGCUAAAGAAAUCAAGCAGAUGCUGCUCGAUGCAGUGCCUCUGUCAUGUGAUCUCUCAAAGCCCUUGCUUCCAAAUUACGAUCGUGUUACUAGCAAGGUGAUGCUGACGUCACUUGGCCUGAAGCUGGGGGAUCGUGUCGUUAUUGCAAGACAGAAGGUUGGAACAUUAAGAUUUUGUGGAACAACUGAAUUUGCAAGUGGGCAGUGGGCUGGCAUUGAGUUGGAUGAACCAGAAGGAAAAAACAAUGGAAGUGUUGGGAAAGUCCAGUACUUUAAAUGUGCCCCCAAAUAUGGUAUUUUUGCACCCCUUUCAAAGAUAAGUAAAGCAAAAGAUCGAAGGAAGAAUACAGCACACACUCCUUCUACAAAAGCUGUACCUCUCAUCAGGUCCCAGAAAAUUGAUGUAGCUCAUGUAACGUCAAAAGUAAAUACUGGAUUAAUGACAUCAAAAAAAGAUAGUGCUUCAGAAUCAACACUUUCAUUGCCUCCUGGUGAAGAAUUGAAAACUGGAGCAGAGAAAGAUGUUACCCUGCUUGGAUCCGUCAGCAGCUCUUCCUCUACAUCUUCUUUGGAGCACAAACAGAGUCACUCCAAGAAACUGAAUGCAAGUGGCAGUAACAAGAAGACAAUGAGCAAAAGCCCUUCUGUCUCAUCUAGAGCCAGUGCCGGUUUGAAUUCCUCAGCAACAUCUGUAGCAAAUAAUGCACGCUGUGAAGGAGAACUCCACCUUGGAGAUAGGGUGUUGGUGGUAGGCCAGAGAACUGGUACCAUUAAGUUCUUUGGGACAACAAACUUUGCUCCAGGAUAUUGGUACGGGAUAGAGCUUGAUAAACCCCAUGGCAAGAAUGAUGGUUCAGUUGGAGGUGUGCAGUACUUUAGUUGUUCCCCAAGAUAUGGAAUAUUUGCUCCUCCAUCCAGGGUACAAAGGGUAACAGAUUCCCUGGAUACUCUUUCAGAAAUUUCUUCAAAUAAGCAGAAUCAUUCUUAUCCUGGUUUUAGGAGAAGUUUCAGUACAACUUCUGCUUCUUCCCAGAAAGAGAUUAACAGAAGAAAUGCUUUUGCCAAGUCGAAGCCCGCUCUGCGCCGCAGCUGGAGCGGCAGCACCACGGCCGGCGGCCUGGAGGGGAGCGUGCGGCUGCGCGAGGGCUCCCAGGUCCUCCUCACCAGCUCCAGCGAGAUGGGCACCGUUAGGUAAUUUGAUGGGAGUAUUUUUUAAGUGCUUAAAAGUGUUGAGAUACAGACGUUUGUGGAAUCUGAGCUGAGGCAUUGUAAUCUUGGUGAGUCCCUUGCACUGUCCUCUCCCGAACUCCUUAUCCACUCUCAUGUGUUAUUUUUCUCCUUAGCAUUUACCACCCUUGGUCAUGCUACAACUUUUUGCUCAUUACUUGUCCUGUUCCCUCACUGGAUUGAGGGAUGGGUUUUGACUGUUUUGUUCAUCAUUUCAUCCCUAACACCUGGAAUAACACUUGGCACCUACUACAUGCUCGGGAAACGUUUGUUAAAUGAACAGAGGCAGUGGAGGCUGUUGAUGGUUUAAAGUAGAGGUGUUGUCUCGCCAGCUUCAGCCAGGUGGGCUUGAGAGACCAGGCCGUGGGAUGCGUAAAUUUUGCUGGGUAGGGGAGGACAAAGGACAAGAAAGGUUUGAGUCAUGGUAGCCCAACUUUACCCCAAAAUAGUGACAUGAAGGAGAUAGAAGGAUAUUGGGUGUCAGGGGUAGAAAAGGGGGCAGGAAAGACACAGUGGGGUCACCUAACUGCCUAUCUAUUGUCCCUGGGGCUGGUUUUGAAUUUCUGUUGUGAUAUGAUGAUAACUUAAGGAACACAGUAACGUGUGGUCUAACACAGAGAGGAUGAACUGGAUCUCACCCAGGUGUGCACAGCAUUGGUUUCCGGUGCCAAGCAUUUUUAUUUCAGAGUUUUAUUUUGGACCUGCCUAUUUAGACUAUGUGAUAAUCUUAUUUAAGCCACGUUGACUGAGGCUAGAGACCUAAUGUGUUAGGAAUCAUUCUUAGUUAAGAAAUAGAUCUAGUAAUUUUUAACCGUUCACUGGAUAUUUGUUACCUAAAUGAUUGACUCAGAGACAUAAUAUGUAUCACCACAUGGCAAGCAAGUAGGAGAAUUUAUUUUUUAUUUUUCUUCAUGCCCUUUGCUUCACUACACUUAUCUGUAAUACAAACACAGUAGUUAAUACAAAACUCACAUCACAUAUAUUUUUAGUAAUUGUUUAGUAAUAUCCCUUGGUACAUAGGCCCUUAUUUACAAACAAUGUCACAUAAGCUGCUUGAAUAUACAACAGACAUUCUUAGUGGAGCUUGUGUGUGGGCUGAACAAGUUAAGUAGGUCGUGUUAAGAUUUUCUUACCAGCAGAGUAUGAUGCCUUUGCAUAGGCAAAAAGAAUUUUUUCUAGCAAAAUUUUUGCCAAUACUCCUUUUUACAGAAGGGAAAAAGAAGUUUAUGGGGAGGAAUUAGGGUAGAUGGGCACAUGUUACUGACAACAAUAUAUUUUCAUUAUGCGUGGUAGAAAUGAAACUUCUUUUCUGCUUGUAGCCUUUUCCCUUGACGAGAAAGGCACCAAGCGGUGUGGGAACCUUUUUCCUCUUGUCCCUUUAGAAUAUCUUAUGACAAAUAGAAUUUUCACGAUAAAGCAGCAGCAGGUCUCAUCAUUUUUCAGUUCAAAUAGGGAAGUGUGGUCGUGGUGCUGCAGAGGGGCAGUAAGUUCUGAGUUAUGUUAGUAAAGAUACUCUAGGUGUUUAAAUUGAGACUAUUAGCUUAAAGCAUAACCUGUCCCUAGUGAUCACUGCUGUCAUUUGACAAAUGAUCAUAAAUAUGGUUUUAAUUUCAGCUCUAAAAUCCUAAAUGAACCCAGAUGUCAAGUUUGUUGCUCCUGUAGAUAAACGCAGGUCCUUACACUCAGGCACACCUUGUAUGCCUCUUUGUCCUCGGAGGAACUGGUCUUAGGAUUGGAUAUUUAGUCGGAGUUGUUUGAAUUGGAUAAAUGAAAUUAAAUAGGGAGUAUCAGGAAGCUACUUGUGCUGAACUAAAUUUGAAUUUUAAGCAUUCCUAAAGUUUAGGAAGUUUAAAUAUCCAGAUGCUGUGUUCUCCUUGACCUGUGUUGAUCUCAUAGAGGUUAAGUUCUUUCAACUCCAGCCUGAUAGAGGUGUUACUCAGAGUACCCUUACCUUCUUGAAGACUGGACUGUUUUUCACAUAACAAAUCAAAUUAGACUGACAUGGAAAUGAAUCAUGUUAAAAUUACAUGCACAGCUUCAAGCCAUUCUUUUUAUUCUUUCUCUAAUAUGACUUCCAAGAUUCAGCUUAAAUCUCAGUCAACAGUGUUGAUGAUAUUGGCUGUCCCUGACAGUUCUUGUUAUGAAGAAUAGGUGUUACUAUGCAAUAUCUUUGGGAAAAGUAUCCUAAAAUGGAUUUUAAAAUGAAUUUUAAUCAUCAUAAAAGUCCCAAUUGAUGGCAGGGGAAAGUGGAUUUUGUAUUAUACACAAUAGAGAAGAGGAUUAAAGUGAAAAUUUUCAGUCUCCUUUAUUGAACCUGCCAGUAAAAAUGGAUUUCUAGUAAGAAUUCCAGUAGAUUAUAUGUGUCAGUUAAAAAUGUUGUAAUUUUUCUCAAGCGAUCUUUUCCCUUUCUUGAAGGGACUAGGGCUUAGGGAAGUAAGAAAUAGCAUGAGAUUUCUUGAGGUCUCACUUCACACUCCUUGAUGUGUGACAGAGGAAAAUUCAGUGUCAUGUUCUGCUUUAGUUUCUUUUAUAAAACAUCACCGGCUGCUUACUGGUACAUACAUGAGGAAAAAGAAUUCGUCCUUAAUCUUACUUUACUUCUUACUGAGAACUGUGAAAUACCACAUAAAUAUUAUUUUGAAAUAAUGCAAAAAUAUUUAAAUUGGUUUUUUUCCCCUCAAGUAUUAGAUGCACUAAAAUGUAGACAGUUGCCUGCAGUGGUCACAAUCUUCUCUUUUGGUCUUUUGGUGGGGCAUUUGAGUUGGCUAUCUUUUGGGGAUUCCCUACUACUAGAUCCACUAUAACACUAUAUAAUUCG